AUUAUCAACUGAUAACGUCGGCAUUCGGAUUGUGAACAAGCCCCAAAUCCAAAAUGCGUAAAAUCCGAGCGGAUUAAACCAUUCAAAAAUUUAAUUAAACUAUAAUCCAAUUAAUGUACAAUGUUCCUCAAAUUAGUCUUUUUCAUAGUACUUUUCCUGUCAAGGACGUCACACAACGCGCAAUUGACGGAUGAAGAGGAUCAAAAUAAAAUCCCCGACGUAAACAGAGCCGAUACGACAGAGCUGUCCUCGGUUUGUCCAAAAGUGAAGUGUGAGCAACUCAAUUACCCUUGUAUAACAUGUAUAUUCAACGAAAAGUGCGUUUAUGGCGAAAUGACGACAGCACUUUGUUCUCCAUUGAUCAACUACUGCCAAGGUAAUACUAAUGGGAGUUUCGUAAGGCAGUUCAGAUGCCAGUACUGUUACCAGACUGAAAAAUGGGAACACAAUUGUGUGUUGAAAGCAAAUUGUAAUUCUGUCUCAUCGCCCAAAAGUUUCUACAGAACAAAUUGUACAGUAUACGAUAACAUCCUUUGCCUCGGGAGAAGAACUUUUCUGAGGAACAUCCCCUGCAAUUGGACUGGCGGGCAUCGAUGGUCGACAGCGAUGCUCUUGAGCAUAACACUCGGCGGUUUCGGAGCCGAUAGGUUUUAUCUCGGAUACUGGCAAGAAGGAAUUGGCAAGCUGUUCAGUUUCGGAGGCCUCGGCGUAUGGACAGUAAUCGAUUUUAUCCUAAUCGCAAUCCAAUAUUUAGGGCCAGCUGACGGUUCAUUGUAUAUAUAAAUAUUUAUUUGUACAGAUUUUUUUAAUAUAAUUGUGUAAUAUAUUUGAAAUAAUAA